ACUUUGUUAUGUAGAGAGUACUAAACGCAUUCUCCAGAUCAGUAUCAAUGCUCAAACGGCCAGAGGUUUCCGGGGAGGGUUUUUUCUUUGUACAAAAGCGCGUUUUGUUGGAAUUGGCAACCAGACAACGGGGAGAUGUGAUUGGAGAGUAGGGUGUAAUCAUGUGACUGAGCAGAAAAAGGAUACAUUCCCAAUAGGUCACUGGACAGAUUUGGAGUGACAUGGAUUGGAAUGAGGAAGAACUGCAGGUAUUUGGAUUCUGGAUAUGAUAUUGAACUGUUUGAAAAUGUACCUGACCCUGAAUUCAUCUGCACCAUUUGUCACGGUGUGCUCAAAGAUCCUGUGGAACUCCUCUGCCAGCAUGUCUUCUGCAGAGGAUGUGUUAUGAAGUGGCUUACAGAGAAGCAAGAAUGUCCAUAUUGCAGGAAGAAGGUGAGAAGGGUGGCUCGAUCUGUCAUACCUAUGAUCCACAACAUGAUUGCCCGACUGAUCGUGAAGUGUGAAAACAGAGUCUAUGGCUGCUGGGAAACUUUUUCACUUGAACAUUACCCACAGCAUAAAGCUGCUUGUGACUUUAGGAUAGUGAAGUGCAAGCAUGAAGCCUGUACGAUUGAAGUAUUUCAGAAGAACCUUGCUGCUCACGAACAGGUUUGUGAACACUGGAGCCAGCCAUGCAGAAUGGGAUGUGGCGUCCAACUCACCCCAAAUCAACUGUCUGAACACAACUGUUACAAGGAUGUGAAAAGAAAGUACAAAGAGAAGAUCAGGGUUCUCAAAAGCCGUUUGCAUAGAACGCACUGUCGCCUAAAGCUAGCCGAAAGAAUUCUUCAGGAUUUGGGCCCUCGGGAUUGUUUCCAACUCUCGAAGCACCUCGUCUAUGAAGACGAUGAAAAUGAGGACUUGGCUGCUGAAGACCACGAAGAAGAUCACAGCAACAUUUUGGUUGCAUCUGAAUAUAGUGAAAAUGAAAGCUUGUAUUCGUGGCACUCAAGUGACUUGGAUAAUGGGGAAGGACCAGCAGCAGUUGAAGAUGAAUUAGAUGAUACUGAAGAUGAGUGUCUGAAUGAAGCAGUAACUGAUCACACAACUGAAGACACCAUUUCAAUCAGUUCCAGUUCCAGCACUGAACAUGAAGCUAAUUGUGCCAGGGCACGGACCCACUUAUAUUUUGAAACAGAUGACGGCAGUAACAUUGCUUCUGAGAAUGUCAGUUCCUUCUCUGGUCAAGAUGCUUCAAACAGAAAAAGGUUCAAGCCAUGGAUGCUACAAUGUUCCAUGAGGAGUCGAAAGGCUAUCUGGAAGCGCAGCAACCUCAAAUUAUUAUCCAGAAGACAGCAUAGCCGACGACGUUGAUAAUGUUUCCUUUUUUAAUGGGAAUGAUUGCAAAGAUGACUCUUUGAAUGUUUUUCUCAUUUCUGUAAUUAAUGGUGCAGCCUUAAUUUUUGUGAUUUUUUUUUUUCUAAGUCAGUAAUAGUAAAUGUUUGUUAAAGGUGGUAGUUAUAUCGCAACCUGCCACUAGUAUGCUGCUUCUCCAAUGAUGAAUAAGGUAUGGUGCUAGCCCAAUUUUAAUAAAGUCUACCUCGAUAAAUGUGACUGUUAUGUUUCAAAUACAGGCUUAAAUACUUUAUCAUAUUGUCUUCUCAUGCUUUUUUAAACCAUGUUAUAUGUUGAAUGCAAAAAUGCUUUUAAGUCAUGAAUUUGAUGGAAAAAAAUUCAGGUGCGGUGGAGUAACUCUUAAUUUCCUAUGCAAUCUUUUUAUUUGCAUUUUUUUCAUCUGCAUUGAACUUAACAGUCACAUUCUUCAUUAUUACACACUGUAUGCAAUCCUGUUUUGUAAUUUUUUUAUCUUUCACUUUGAAAUAUUAGCAUGAUAGGAGUCAAAUGCUAACUUAGCUACGUUAAAAAAUGUGAUUACAGUACUCAGAUUUCAUUAUCACGCCAUGUGAAGCAGAGAAUACUUAUUCAGAGGAAACCAGAAAAGAAAGCUGUAGCAGGCAACUUCUUGUUUUUUCUGGUUUGCUUUUACGACUGGAUUAACUUUUUGCCUAAACUUGCAUUGUAUUAUUUUCUAGCCUGUAACUUGGAUAAGAGUGUGAUGGAAUUUUUGGAUGAAAAAAAAUUUAAUUUAAAAACAUAAUGGAGGAAAUAAAGUAAUCGUAGUGCAUCUGCAAAGUUGCUUCUUUUGGGGCAGCUAUUGAGUCUUCAGCUGUCUACCUGGUUCUGCUGUCGUAUUAGUAUAGUAUAACCAUUGUUAUUGAACUUUGUGCUGCAAAUUUAAGUAUAAGUGUUAUAUUUGGCUAUUAUACAUUGUAAACUUGAA